AACAACUACCUAAUUUACAUAUAUAUAGCAUAAAGCUCCCUCUUUUGUUUUUGCUCCUUAUUUUCUCACUUUAAUCUCUCUCUCUCUGCCAACCCUCUCUUGGUGGUGAUAGAUUCGCCCCUACUACACCUUCAAGAACCACACACACAUCAACCUUUACAAAAGAGAGAAAGAAAGAAGGAUCAAGAAAUAACCAUGGUCUUUCCCUCCAUUCCAGCUUAUCUUGAUCCAUCCAACUGGCAACAACAGCAACCAAAUCCACAAACUGGAGGAGGUACCGGUGGAAACCCUCAUCUUCUUCUUCCGCCACCACCUCCACCACCACCCCCAACACCUGCACAGACUCAUGCAGGCAGUGGUGGGCCGGGCUCGGGCUCAAUCAGGCCUGGUUCAAUGGCUGAUCGAGCCCGAAUGGCCAACAUACCCAUGCCAGAGGCUGCCCUAAAAUGCCCGCGAUGCGAUUCAACGAACACCAAGUUCUGCUACUUCAACAACUACAGCCUCACUCAGCCCCGCCACUUUUGCAAGACUUGCCGGAGGUACUGGACUCGAGGCGGCGCUCUGAGGAAUGUUCCGGUGGGUGGUGGUUGCAGGAGAAACAAGAGAAGCAAAGGAAGCAGUAGCUCGAAAUCCCCGGUCAGCAGUGGCGAUGGACAAACUAGCAGUGGUGGAUCUUCCGGUGCAAUUUCAUCUAACAGUACCGGAACCGCCAGCCUAUUAGGGCUGCCACAGCAGAUGAAGUUCAUGUCUCCGCUGAGUCAACUCAGUGAGUACGGUGGUGGUGGUGGAGGCGAUAUCGGGUUAAAUUACAGUGGAAUUUCCGCACCAAGUGACAUGAAUUUUCAACUACCAAGUGGGUCAUUUGGUGGUGGUUCUUAUUUUUUGGGUGGUGGUGAGCAGUGGCGGUUGCAGACACCGCCACCGCAGAUCUCAUCGCUGAUGGGCUUGGAUUUUCCGGCGGGGCUGUACCCAUUUCAGGGUGGUCUAGAGCCACCAAGUUAUGGUGGUGAAGGUAGUCAUGUUAGGCCAAAGAUCUCUGGUUCAGGGCUUUCUCCUCAGGUGGGUAGUUCAUUGAAAAUGGAAGAUAAUCAAGAACUGAAUUUGUCAAGGCAGUUUUUGGGAAUCCCAGGAAAUGAUCAAUUCUGGAGUGGUACUACUGGUACUAAUGCAUGGACAGACCUCUCUGGAUUCACUUCUUCUUCCACUAGUAAUAAUAAUGCCUUGUGAUCUAUAAAAUUUUUAAAGUAAUGCUAUACAAACAAAAUUCAUAUACAUAAACUGUUUACAGAUUGACGUGGUUUGUAAUUGCAAAAAUGUCAGUACCACGUCAAUUUGUAUGAGUUCUGUAUAAAGAAUCUGUAUGUUUAGCAUUUUUCUAAAUGGUGUGUUGUGAUGACCAAAGUCCCAUAGUGAAGCUUAGUUUUUUUUUCCAAGUAAAGCUUCAAGAGUGAAGAUAGUUUAGAAGUUAGAACAAAGUUCCAUCCAAAGUCCUAGGAUGGGAAAUGGGAGCCCUAGAUUUAGGCCAAAGUGGAGGGUUUUCAAGAUUGAGUGAGGAGUUUGUCUAAUCAUGAUCAACUGAAAACCCUAGAAAUGUUAGUUGAUUCAUUUCAUAUAUAUAUAUAUAUAUAUAUUUUUUCUUUUAUUUCUUUUUUGUAAGUUUAAUUUUCUUUUGUUAUGUCUGAGCAUGCAUGUUCACCGACGUGAAUGUAUGAGUGUUGUUGUAGUUUCUAUAUUGGAGAUGGAAAACCUAAUUUUCAGAA